CAGAGCCAUCUUAUACUUUCUUCGGUUUUCUGCAAGGACCAGUGAGUCAGUGACGAUGAUGAACAAAGGCGGUGGUUCCGGUGGAGGUAUGGCCGGAUCCGGUGGAGGAAGCGGACCGACGGCCGCCGCAGCCGCCGCUGCCUUACAGAAGCAAAAGGCGUUGUUACAGAGAGUUGAGACUGAUAUCACAUCCGUCGUCGAUAACUUCACGCAAAUCAUCAAUGUCGCGAGGAUAGCUGAUAUCGAUAAUGGCACGAAGGUGAGUGAUCCGCUGAUGAAGAACUCUCAGGAAGCAUUCAUGAUGGAGAUGCGAGCUUCGAGAAUGGUUCAAGCAGCUGAUUCUCUUUUGAAACUCGUAUCAGAACUGAAGCAAACCGCUAUUUUUUCUGGAUUUGCAUCACUUAACGACCAUGUAGAACAAAGAAUUGCAGAGUUUGAUCAAGAAGCCGACAAGACAAAUCGAUUGUUGGCUAGAAUAGGCGAUGAUGCAUCUGCCAGUCUAAAAGAGCUCGAGUCUCACUAUUACUCUUCCGCUCAGAGAUUGCCUCUAGACAUUUGAGGAGUUUUUUUUUUAAAAUCCGGAUAAAUAGCGUUACAGGAGGUUCUUCUAAUUUCUAUAGCUCAAAUCUUUAGUCCCACUAGUCCGAUUAAAUGGUCUUUAACUUCUAAGCUAUUUUUAAUCCAACUUUUUUGCAUUCCUCUAUGCCAGAGCAGAAAGAAUGUAACAUUUGUUCAAAUUAUUCAAUGGAAAGUUCUUUCAUUUAAU